AUGAAGCCCGAAAUCGUGUACAUAGACCCUCUCUUGCCCAGCAUGUUUAACAACCCCUCUACGGACGUCAGAAAAAUGACUUAUGCUCAGAGAGCAAAGACUGCUACCCAUCCUCUUUCCUCUUAUCUACUUCGACUCAUGGCCAUGAAGAAAUCCAAUCUCUGUCUCUCAGCCGACGUCACUACGGCCAAUCAACUGCUCUCGCUUGCAAAUAAUAUUGGACCUUCAAUUGUUAUCCUGAAGACACAUUAUGACUUAAUUAGUAAUUGGGACUAUAGCCCUCAUACUGGCACCGGUGCACGACUUGCGGAAAUUGCCCGUCGUUAUAACUUUCUUAUUUUUGAAGAUCGAAAGCUUGGAGAUAUAGGGAAUACAGUUCAGAUGCAGUAUACGGAAGGUACAGCUCGGAUAAUUGAAUGGAGCCAUAUAACUAAUGUUAACAUGGUGCCUGGUAAAGCAGUUGUGAGUGCACUUGCUCAAGCAGCCGAGCGGUGGAGUAAAAAUAGGCAAUAUGAAGUCAAAACAGAUAUAUCUGUGGGAAACUUCAUAUCAAAAGAAGAGGAUUUAAUUGGUCCAUAUGAUCUGAGCGAUCAGCUACCUACAUCCCAACUCGAGCAGGAAACCUUCUCCCUCGUAUCAGAUAACUCUGGCCGAAAGUCAAGUAUUGUGUCAGUUACUACGGUGUCACAGCAUUUCGAACCCAUCAAUUCGCCGAGGAAUAAUUAUUUACCUACGACACAAAGUCUACUAGAUAUUGAAGAGGCUCCCAUGGAAAGAGGAUUACUUAUAUUGGCACAGAUGAGCUCUGAAGGUAAUUUUAUGACAAGGGAAUACACAAAUGCCUGUGUGGCUGCAGCAAGGGACCAUCGAAAAUUCGUCAUGGGCUUCAUAUCGCAGGAGUCUCUCAAUACUGAACCAGAUGAUAUGUUUUUGAGUAUGACACCUGGCUGCCAACUUCCACCAGAUGACGAAGACGAAAGUAGCAAGCUCGUUGGCGAUGGAAAGGGCCAGCAAUACAACACGCCUUCUAAAAUAAUUAACUUGAUGGGAAAUGACAUUAUAAUUGUUGGCCGUGGUAUAAUCAAGGCUGACAAUCCAGUCUCUGAGGCCGAGCGCUACCGAAGCAAAGCGUGGGAAGCUUACGAGGAGCGUAUAGCUCUUGUACGAUGA